AAAUUGUAUGUUGGUUUGUUUAUGAUUUAGAAACUUAACUAUGGCGCCGUAUGAUUUUAUUCACCUGUUAUUUGUAUCAACUGUGGAACUAUGAAUUAAACUAACCAAGUCAUUUUAGUUUUCCAAGACCGCGACGUUAGCUAGAAGAGACCUCUUUAAUUUACACUGAUCGUUGGACUCCAAACAUGGUUUAUCUAAACUAAAGCAUCAUUAGAAGCUGGUUUUCCGUAGAGCCCUCAAGAAGUAUGGAAACUUUCGAAUUUCGUCCGAUCCUAUCGGGUCUUCCCUACCAGAAAAGCAACCGUGACGGAAGUUUUUGUCAUUGGCUUUCUACCAUUCGACUGUCUCGUAUAAUUUUGUGUAUAUUGGUGGUUCUAGUCAUCGUCCCUAUCAUAACUCAUUAUUAUUUGUCCGAUGUGGGAAGUGAACAAUCCAAAUCAUUCCAUUCCAGAAACAAACUUGACCUUCCAGAUGAUCUGGGUUCAAUCAAAGCCAGUGAAGUGAAAAUCCGUAUUGAAGAAAUGUUGAGGAUUAAAAUGUCAGUCAACAAUGAACUACGCGAUUUGGAAGCCAAAAGGCAGAAGCUGCAAAGCGAAAUUUCUUCUUUAGGAAUGAAGAUUGAAGAGCUAAAAAAUGAAGCUGGAAGAAAGGUAAUUGACCUUGAUCGCAUCAAACUGUCAAUCAGUCAAGCAGAAGUUGCUCACUUGGAAAUCCUUGAAAGAAAUCAGCCUGAACUUAGAUUACCUGCUAAGUUGGAACCCAAUCCUUUGAUUGACAUUCUUCCAAUGCCAAAUCAUGAUGUUGAAUCAAACUGCAGCAUUUAUUCUUGCAUUGAUUUCUCAAGGUGCUCCCUUGUGUCAAAUUUCCCUGUCUAUGUUUAUCCUUUUAAUGGAGAAGGAUAUGAAGAACGGAUAUCAGCUUCAUUGUCGCAAACAUUAAACUACAAUCCCCAUAUAACAUCUAAUGCUCAAGAAGCCUGUCUUUUUAUCUACGUUAACUCUUCUCCAGAAUCAGAAUUACGAAAAAAUCUACAAAAUUUAUCCCAUUGGGCUGGCGAUGGUCGCAAUCACAUUAUUUUUCACAUUGGCUUUUUUCCGAAAGAAAUGCCAUCUUUGAUUUCUCAUGCUGUCAAUGAAAACUCUACUUUUGGAAGAGCUAUGAUUGUUCAGUCAGUGUUUCACACAUACCGACCUCAUUUCGACCUGCUCGUUCCCCCGUUACUUGGACCUCCUGGAAGUGAUGUUUGGUAUGACUUGCCAUCUCUAACGCCUGCCAGACGGCGAUACCUACUGUCUUACAGUGGUCACCUGCAAAGCUCCUCUGAAGUCCAAAAAACGUUAGAACAGCUAACAGCAUCUAGUACCAGCGAUGAGUUUUACUUCGAAUUUCAAUGUUUUCACCCAAAAAACGAAUCGGAUAGUUCCUUAUGCGGCACCGUUCAGACAAGAUCUGCCGUUUUACAACAGUCGACGUUUGUUUUGAUUCCCUUACCUCAUACCGAUCUUACCUCAUUGGCUGUUCAGUUGAGACUGUACGAGGCUUUAAAAUAUGGGUCGAUUCCCAUCAUGGUUGGGAACCACAAUGCCAAAUUUCUCCUUCCGUAUGAGGAUGUGAUUGACUGGAACCGUGCAAUCAUUAAACUGCCAACGUCGAGGUUACCCGAGUUGCAUUUCUAUAUUCGGGCCGUGACAGACCGCGAUAUUCUUGCUAUGCGACGUCAAGGGCGUGUUUUGUGGGAAAAAUAUUUCGGUUCUAUUCAAAGCAUUGUUGAUAGCGUUAUAGCCGUCUUCCGUCACAGGAUUGGCAUACCACCACCAGCUAUUCUCGAUGAGCCAUCACCGUCUGUCUUCAACGAAACUUUUGUGCCUUUGAAGACUGAAGCUGCCAUUCAAGAUAUAAAUGGAGACCUAGACGAAAAUCUGGGACCCAUAGAGCCAGCUUAUCCAUCGCCGAAAUUUCAGCGCAAUCUGACGUUUUCGCUUCUGCAUGGAUACGAGAUGUGGAAUACAUGGACCCACCCUUUUCAUCUGUUUCCGCAAACACCGUACGAUCCCGUGAUGCCUUCAGACGCUAAAUUUAUUGGAUCUGGUCUUGGAUUUCGCCCCAUCGCUGGUGGGAGCGGUGGUUCUGGCAAAGAGUUCAGCGAGAACCUAGGUGGUAAUAUACCACGCGAACAGUUCACAAUCGUCAUUCUCACAUACGAACGAGAACAAGUGCUGAUAGAAUCCGUUGCCCGAUUGAAUGGAUUGCCUUAUCUCCACAAAGUUGUGGUCGUUUGGAACUCCCCUAGACCUCCGUCUCCCGAUCUUAAAUGGCCAGAAAUCGGAGUUGAAGUUCAUGUUAUCCGCACUUUGAAAAACAGUCUUAAUAAUCGAUUUUUACCGUACGACGUGAUCGAAACUGAAGCUGUUUUAUCGGUGGACGAUGAUGCCCAUUUGAGACAUGAUGAAAUAAUUUUUGGAUUCAGAGUAUGGCGUGAGCAGCGUGAUAAAGUGGUGGGUUUUCCCGGCCGGUUUCAUGCUUGGGAUUUAGAACACAAAAACUGGGCAUACAAUUCCAACUAUUCGUGCGAACUGUCCAUGAUUUUAACAGGUGCAGCCUUCUACCACAAGUACUACAAUUAUCUCUAUAGUCUCGUUAUGCCACAGGCUAUUAGAGAUAAAGUAGAUGAAUUUAUGAAUUGUGAAGAUAUAGCCAUGAAUUUCUUAGUUUCACACAUCACUAGACAGCCCCCAGUCAAGGUAACAUCCCGUUGGACCUUCCGUUGCCCGGGAUGCCCUGUAUCGCUCUCUGAAGAUGAAACGCAUUUUCAAGAGAGGCAUAAAUGUAUAAACUUUUUUGUAAAGGUGUACGGCUAUAUGCCCUUACUCAACACACAGUUCCGAGUAGACUCGGUUUUGUUUAAAACGCGGAUACCACAUGACAAACAAAAGUGUUUCAAAUUUAUUUAACUGGAAAGCUUAAACAAUUUUAAUGGAGGCCACUCAUACCAAUUAUUUUCAUUCGUGUUGUAAAACCAUUCACCAUGAGUCAUUCUUGUUCAUGAAUACAAUGCAAAUUACAUUACCUAA